UACCGAUCACUUUACUACUGUUACAUUUUAAUGGAUCUUCAGGAAUAUAUAAACGGGGAUACAAAAAUACCAUGUUAAACAGCAUACAGCCACCCUCUGUAUAUAGCUACAGUGUAUAUUGAAAUACAAUAGACAGGAAUAUCGCUGUCCAAAAUGGUUCCCAUGCUUAUGGUGAGGGUGAUAUUGGUCUUAAUAGCUAUACUGACUGAACUGUACGGAAAAGAAACCACACAGGACUUCAUCAGUAAAUACAACAAGUACAACACUGUUUGUCAAAAAAUGGGGUACGGAACAAGAAGUUACAAAGGAAAAGACCAUGGAAUCGUAGCUUUCCAUGCACGGAUGUCCUCCAAUCUACAAAAUCUCGGUAACAAUGCUGUUGUUGUAUUUGGGAGAGUAACUCUAAACUCUGGAUCCGCCUAUGACGGUAACACAGGGAUAUUCACAGCACCAACAUAUGGCAUCUACUCCUUCACAUGGACUAUUAUGACAAUACCUGGGUCACGUUUUAACACAGAAAUUGUCAUGAAUGGAAAUGUAGUUGGCUAUAAUUAUGCUAACGGUAAAUCUGGCAGUUCCCAGCACGAGUCUACCUCCACAACAGCAGUGAUUAGAAUGAAGAAGAAGGACAAGGUCUGGAUAAGGACAUUUAACAGGGAAGGGGAAUAUGCAUACAUGGACUGGUCUUCAUUGUCCGGGUUUCAAUUGUAAAUAUCAAAUUACUUGAGAAAAAUAAAACAAUCAAAUAUCAUG